CUGCUUCGCUACUGUUAAUAUCUUGUUUUUAAAUAAAGUUUUGGCAGAACGUUGGUGAUAAUUCUGGAAGGAGUUGCCCGCUAAGGUGUCUCUACGUCCAAUCUCUGACUCUUCGCUCGACUUUUAUUCGUUUUUUUUCAUCGACAUUUUAUUCGCGUGCUCCGGAAAAGAUGGCAGAAAGCGACUGGGACACAGUAACUGUUCUGAGGAAGAAGGGCCCCACUGCUGCCCAGGCCAAAUCCAAGCAGGCUAUCAGUGCUGCUCAGAGACGUGGGGAGGAAGUCGAGACGACCAAGAAAUGGGCUGCGGGGCAGAACAAGCAACACCUCGUGACGAAAAACACGGCCAAACUGGACAGGGAGACGGAGGAGCUCCACCACGAGCGCGUCCCGCUGGAAGUGGGGAAGGUCAUCCAGCAGGGCCGGCAGGCCAAAGGUCUGACCCAGAAAGACCUCGCCACUAAAGUAAACGAGAAACCUCAAAUCAUCGCAGACUAUGAGAGUGGCAAAGCAAUACCAAACAACCAGGUCAUGGGUAAAAUCGAGCGAGUGAUCGGUAUGAAGCUGCGAGGGAAGGACAUUGGCCUACCGCUCGAAGCGAAACCCAAGCAGAAAUGAUCACAAAGCCUCGAAAUCAGCCCCCCCUUACCAAAAUAUGUCCCUCUUCCAACCCCCUCUUCCAUAUAAAAGCUUGUUCCCAUCCUUCUCCUUACCCGGGCUGAUCUCACCGGAGUCCUGCCCCCUGCUGGAGGACCCGGUGCCGCACUGCAGCGCAGCAGCUGCAUGCUAACAUCUAAAACACUGUUGACCACAAAUUUCUGAAUGCAUCAUAAACAUGAAGUUAAUUUCUUUAUGUUUGUGUCGAUUUUGGCGCGACAAGCUCUCACUUUUGUCCCAGUGAUGGUAAACGCUGAAAAAGGUGAAUGUGCAGUCGUGACCAAAGUAGUAAGACUAACGUGAGAUCAGAGCAUGAAAAACCAGAAGUGCUUGAAUUCAUUUUUUUUCUCACACUUUGAGACAACGAGUGGAUGUUAUUAUAGUGUUGUUUUAAAGCUGUGCUUGGUUUUGAUCGAAAAUAAUAAAGUUUCUCAGUUCAAG